GAUUUGUUCCAGAUAGCCUUGGAAGGUCUGCGGGUGAACAUUCCGCCGGGCAUCGGUCGCAACAUGAACCGGCUGGUGACGCUGUGCAUGAACGAAGAGCCGGGCAAACGUCCGAACUUUGACCAGAUUAUCCCGAUUUUGGAAAGGAUGGCGCAGUGA